UAAACAGCAUUAUUCCAGAAACCUUUUUGAUAAAAUAUACGGAGACUGUACUGAAUAGUGUAUACACAUUUUUGAAGAAAAAAGGAAAAAGAAUACGCACAAUUUGUAAGCUGAUAUGGAUCGAUGUAUGACAUAUCUUUGAAUGCAGUAAGCAAUAAAUGUGCCUAACAUAUUCUUUCAUAUAUGUAUUCUCCCUACUAACAAGACUAUUGCUUUUCUCUUCUUUCCCACGAAAACGAUAUAAUAAUAACGUUUUCAUAAAUCUUUUUAGAAAGUGAAAGAAAAAAAAUCUUCUUCCUAUAAGCGUCUCUUCUCUCUUUCAUUACUGCAAGAAACUUAUUCACAACUCUCCUUCUCUAUCUCUCUUCUCGUUUUAAUGGCCUCCCAAAAUUCCCAAGGGAUUAAACUCUUCGGCAAAACCAUAACAUUCAACGCUAAUAAUCUCACAAAUACGAUUAAAAAAGAAGAGCAGCAACAACAGCCAGAGAUACAAACAAAAUCAGCCGUUGGAUCACCAUCAUCAGAUCUAACGGCCGAGAAGCGUCCAGACAAGAUCAUAGCAUGUCCGAGAUGCAAGAGCAUGGAGACAAAGUUCUGUUACUUCAAUAACUACAACGUUAAUCAACCAAGACACUUCUGCAAAGGUUGUCAGCGUUACUGGACCGCCGGUGGAGCUCUCAGGAAUGUUCCCGUCGGCGCCGGUCGUCGGAAAGCCAAGCCUCCGGGUCGUGUCGGUGGGUUCGAAGAGUUGCUUGGUGCUGCGACUGCAACCGUUGAUCAGGUCGAGCUUGACGCUUUGCUAGUGGAAGAGUGGCGAGCAGCGGCUUCUCACGGUGGUUUCCGGCAUGAUUUUCCGGCGAAGAGACUACGUUGCUAUACCGAUGGUCAAUCUUGUUAAUUUUCUUUUCGUAUCAUUGGUUCUUGUUUCAGGUUUGGGUUUGGGUUUGGGUUUGGGUUUUGGAUAUAACCCGGUAGAAAGAACGUGGUUAUGUUUGCUUUUGAUUUGCUUACUGGAUACGUACAGGCUAGCAACAAAAAUUAACUAGUUAAUUAAUUAAUUAGGAUGUUUAAGUACUUGCUUCUCUACUUAACAGCUGUCGCUUUUCUUUUUUAAUUUUUCUUGUUGAAAACUUUAGUUGUAAAUUCAAGCUCGUGGGAUUUUUCUGCUAUAAAAGAAAGACGGUGUUGUUGACCAUUAA